UGUGUGUGAUGAUAGUACUGUGGUUGAUUAAACAUGGGAAGAAGUGGAAGAACAGUAAGCUAGAUUCAUAGAUAGCUGUUAUAACUAAAGGACAAAAGGCACAGCAACACAAGGGUAUCUUUGGUUUCGGUGGUUGUAAAGUCAACGUCGUAAACUCAGAUCCAAAUAGCGCCCCAAGUUAACUUCGCAACGACGACUUCGUCUUCUUAAUUUCCUUCUUUUUGGACCGCAAAGUACUGGAUUCACCCUAUCUAUUAUUACUCAAUGUGUCUGUAAAAAACAAGAGAACCUCAUGUCGGGCCAUUUUGCUACUUCCAUAGUUCGGCUUGUUCCAGGUUGCAUUUUGUUAAUUGCAAUUUCCAGCAUGAUUUUGAAGAUACUAAAAAGGAAGAGAAAAUGAGGAUGAGGAACCUAUACAGGAAACCAACUACUUUACGUUGCAAUGCAGGGAGCAGAUGCUAUUCUGCAUCAGCUGUGAUAUGGAGCUUGUUAGGAUGCCUACUUUUGUUUCAUCUGUAUUCCAAUAUUCACCACAAACAUGGGGAAGGUAGAGAGGUGCAACUGCGUGUGACUAAUCAUCCUCAAUUUCGUGAACUCCAACAAGUGGAAGAGGAAAUCAUCCAACUUCCUCCACAAAAGGGGAAGAGGUCCCCUCGGGCUGCAAAACGCAGGCAUAAGCGGGUAACUCCACUGGUUGAUGAAUUCUUGGAUGAAGAUUCACGACUGAGACAUGUUUUCUUUCCUGGUAACAAUAGUGCUAUUGAUCCAGUAAAGGUCACCGGGAACGAUAGCUAUUACUAUUACCCUGGGAGAAUUUGGUUGGAUACCGAUAGAAAUCCUAUUCAAGCUCAUGGAGGGGGCAUUCUAUAUGAUGAAAGAUCAAACACAUACUAUUGGUAUGGUGAAUAUAAAGAUGGGCUCACAUACCGUGCUCACAAGAGAGGAGCUGCCCGGGUGGACAUUAUAGGAGUUGGUUGCUAUUCUUCUAAGGACUUGUGGACAUGGAAAAAUGAAGGUAUUGUAUUGGCUGCUGAGGAAAUGAAUGGAACCCACGACCUGUACAAGUCUAAUGUGCUUGAGAGGCCAAAAGUAAUUUUCAACGACAAAACCAGAAAGUAUGUCAUGUGGAUGCACAUUGACGAUGCCAAUUAUACAAAAGCUGCUGUUGGCAUAGCAAUUAGUGAUACACCUGAUGGUCCAUUUGAAUAUCUUGGUAGCCAAAGACCCCACGGAUAUGAAAGCAGGGAUAUGACAGUUUUCAAGGAUGAGGAUGGUGUGGCAUACCUUAUCUACUCCUCUGAAGAAAACAACGUACUACACAUUGGACCCAUGACUGAGGAUUAUCUGAACUUGAUGCCUGUCAUGAGAAGAGUUUUUGUGGGACAGCGCAGAGAAGCACCAGCUGUGUUCAAACACCAGGGUACAUAUUACAUGAUCACAUCAGGAUGCACGGGAUGGGCCCCAAAUGAAGCUCUGGCUCAUGCAGCUGAGUCAAUCCUGGGGCCUUGGGAAACAUUGGGAAAUCCAUGUGUUGGAGGGAACAAAAUGUUUCGAAUUGCUACCUUUCUUGCUCAAAGCACUUUUGUGCUUCCCCUACCUGGCUUCUCAGGUUCAUUUAUUUUCAUGGCUGAUAGAUGGAAUCCAUCGGACUUAAGGGACUCAAGAUAUGUUUGGUUGCCUUUGAUAGUGGAAGGACCUACUCAUCAUUCCUCAGAGUACAUUUCUAGAUUACCACUAUGGUCAAGAGUUUCUAUCUAUUGGCACAGAAAAUGGAGGCUGCCUCAGGGCUGGAGCACAUUUAAGUAAUUUGGUUUUUUUUUUGUUGAACAUUUCUUUUCUUUUCUUCAUAGACAUUGUUGUACAUUUGUGAUCAUCAAACAAGUACUGAUUCUUCAGACUUUACAGAUACCAGAAAUAUAGUAACUCACUCUCCAACA